AUAUCAUAGUCUCCAGUGGCAUUUUGGUCUUUUAAGCCAACACAAAGCCCUAUAAAACUACUACAUCUAAAAUACAGUUUUAUCCCUAAACCGUAAAAACCACACAAUUCAAACCUCACCCUCUCCAACUCCGACGUCGAAAUGUCACCGGCCAUCGGAACAUCAAGCAGAAUCCGCCACAUUGUUAGAGUCAGACAGAUGCUAUGUCGUUGGCGUAGAAGAGCCACCUCUUCAUCAUCAUCUUCUCGAAGAUUGAUGGCAAGCGAUGUGCCGGCGGGACAUGUCGCGAUCUGCGUCGGUAGUAGUUGCCGGAGGUUUAUCGUGAGAGCAACCUACCUGAACCACCCUAUGUUCCAGAAGCUUCUAAGGGAAGCCGAAGAAGAAUACGGCUUCUGUAACAAAGGUCCAUUAACGAUACCUUGUGAGGAGUCCGAGUUCGAAGAGAUCCUCCGCUUCGUUUCCCGGCCGGAACUUUAUACCAAUAACAAAUCAAGCCGGUUCGUCAAUCUCGAAGAAUUUCAGAGAUUUUGUCACGUAAGUUACGUAGCGGAAUCUAAGCCGCUGCUUCAUGGAUCUGUGUACUAAAAGCUGCUGGUGAGUCCGGAACUGAGUUGAACCGAGUUUCAUACUCCUAAAUCUAACUACUAUUCUGAUUUUUAAAGACUAGAAGUAGUUUAGAGACUUUUUUUUGUUGUUGUCUAUUUCACCCUUUUCUGUGUAAAAUCUGGGUGAAGUAGAAUCGAUUUGGGUGUUUUUUGCUUGGUGGAUUGGGAAGAUGAGUUGUAAAUAAACUCUGGCCGAAUCGUUCCGAGUUGUUCCGAGUUGAAUGGAAACAAAUUGAAUUCAUAA